UUCAUAUUGAGUUUUUAAUUAUGAAACGCGUUUGGCUUUUAGCUUUAUGUGCCGUAGCAGCUAGUGCUGGUCUCAUCCCCGAGGAUGAGCGUGUCAGUGGUGAAAACGGUUGGUUUAUACCCCGAGUAGAUGGCAGCUUUGAUUGGAUUGACAUGGAAGAAGCUGAAUCUUAUUUCGAGUCUAUGGCCGAAAUGGAAGGUCGUUUGACUACCAAUCCUGUUAACUUUUACUUGUAUACCAAGGCUAAUCCCAGCAGUAGCCAAGAAAUCACCGCUAGCAAAAAAUCCAUAGAUGCCUCUAAUUUCAAUGCAAAAAAUCCCACCAGAAUUACCAUACACGGUUGGGGUUCUAGCAAAGAUGAUUACGUUAAUAGUGGCAUACGCCAAGCCUGGUUGUCGCAUGGUGACUAUAAUAUGAUUGCUGUUGAUUGGGGUCGUGCUCGUUCUGUGGAUUAUGCCACCUCUGUUAUGGCUGUUCCAGGGGCGGGACAAAAAAUUGCUGCCUUGGUGGACUUUUUGGUUAAAAAUUACGGUCUGAAAUUGAAUACUCUGGAAGUUAUUGGUCAUAGUUUGGGUGCCCAUGUGGCUGGCUUUACAGGCAAGAAUAUUGCCAGUGGUCAGGCUCAUGCUAUUGUUGGUUUGGACCCAGCCUUACCCUUGUACAGCUAUGACAAGCCCGACAAACGUUUGUCCAGCACUGAUGCCUACUAUGUGGAGUCCAUACAGACCAACGGUGGUAAAUUGGGUUUCUUGAAACCCAUUGGCAAAGGAGCUUUCUAUCCCAAUGGCGGCAAAUCUCAACCUGGUUGUGGUGCCGACUUAACCGGUUCCUGUGCUCAUGGUCGUUCUGUACUUUACUAUGUGGAAGCUGUACAACAGGAUAACUUUGCUACUGUUAAGUGCAACAACUACGAGGAUGCUGUGGCCAAGAGUUGUGGCUCUACUUAUAGCUCCGUGCGCAUGGGUGCUGUGACCAAUGCUUAUAUGGUUUCGGGGGAUUAUUAUGUACCGGUCAAGAGUUCAGCUCCUUAUGGUGCUUUAGCUUAAAAUGUUUAUGAUGAUAUGGAAAAGAUUGCUUUAAAUA